AUGUCUAACCACAAUAAAUUGAGGAACAUUUCUGAUGUGACUUCCCAGCAGAAUUCGAAUCUGCAACAGUUUCAAAAUCUUCACACAAUUAGUACGUCAUCCAGUAAUAGAUCACAAGUGCAAGAACAGGAAGAAGACGGAGAAGAAGAAGAAGGAGAAGAACAGGAAGAAGAUGGAGAGGGAGAUGAACUACAACAAAGUGAAACAGCAGUACCGCAGCAGCCGCUGCAUGAUUCUUCAUUAACAGAAAGAUUGAGUGGUUCUGAUUCACCCAAACAACACCUCCAAGAGCCGGUAGUUCUAACAUCUGGCACGUUACAGCCGUCCCCAGCAAUGCAAAAGCAAAACUCGUUGGACCAUCAUCACAACUACCAUCAACAACAGGUGCAGGCACCCUAUUUGAACAAUGAAUAUGUCAAUGGUAAUGGAGCUCGUGCAUCUCCGAGCAGCAGUCAACUUCCGAAAUUGAGUACUUCAUUUUCUCGUACGCCAAAGAGUGGUAGCGGUAGCGCUGGUGGUAGCGUUGGUGGUAGUAGUGCCAUAAUGACGCCUCGACGCUCUAAAAAGUCAGAUCCUAGAAAUCCACUGGUGGUUCUUAUGCCAGCAUCGGCCCAGCCAACAGAAGUCUUGGCCAGCAGAUUUUCUGCUUGGAGAAGUGUUAUUAGAUCUAUCAUAACAUACUUGACAGAAACCGCAUCAAUUCAAGAUGAAAUUGUAAGACAACAAUUGAGAUUAACGCAUGCUGUACAAUUCCCAUUUUUUGUUGCAGAAGGUCAAAAGCCUAAUUCGAAUGAAGAGAAAACUGCACAAAAUUUUUUCAUGCCAGCAGGCUCAGGGUCAAUCCAGGAAUUACCAUCCAUUUUGAACCAAUAUCAUGGUACUGUUGCUUCUCAUGCUUCAAGAAUGUCUAAAGAAUUAACUAAUGAUGUUAUUCCUCGUCUUGAAGAUUUAAGAAGGGAUCUAUUAGUUAAAAUCAAAGAGAUUAAAGCGUUACAGUCAGAUUUCAAAAAUUCAUGCUUUAAAGAAUUACAGCAGACUAAAGUUGAUAUGAAACAUUACUUAGAAGCUAUCGAAGAAGCUCAUCAUGGUGCACCGAAACAUGAUCCCUAUUUGGCUAAGAUAGUUUUGGACAGACAGAUUAGAAAACAAUUAAGUGAAGAAAACUUUGUUCAUGAAGCGUUUGACAAUUUGGAAUCUUCAGGUAGCGAAUUGGAAAAUGUGGUUGUUAUGGAGAUCCAAAAUUCGUUGACUAUCUAUGCACGCCUUAUCGGUGAAGAGUCCCAACUCGUUUUUGACAUUUUAUUAUCAAGAUUAGAUGGUGGAUUUCUAAGUAGAAAUCCAGAAUUUGAAUGGAGUAAUUUCAUCAAGAGAGAUCCAAAUUUUAUUGCCCCCAAUUUACCAAUGAGAAAACUAAAGGAAAUUUCUUAUAAAUACCAAUACGAUCCUUUAUCAUACGAAAUUCGUUCAGGUGUACUUGAAAGAAGAUCUAAAUUCCUUAAAUCAUAUUCAAAGGGUUACUACGUUUUAACACCGAAUUUUCUGCAUGAAUUUAAAACUUCUGAUAGGAAAAAAGAUCAAGUGCCAAUGAUGUCAUUACCGUUAGGGGAAUGUACAGUAACAGAACAUUCAAAACCAGGUUCGUCCGAUGAUAAAUUUGUAUUGCACGCUAAGCAAAAUGGGAUUAUUCAUAGGGGUCAUAAUUGGGUUUUCAGAACUGAUAAUUUCGAUUCUAUGAUGUCUUGGUUUGAAGAUUUAAAAGUUUUAACUUCGUUGAAUGGUCUGAAAGAGAAGAACAGAUUUAUCCAAGACAGACUUAAUUUAACAUCUGAUGGCAGGCCCAAAGAGAUGCUAAUGGCAACUUCUCCUAGUACUGGUUUACCAAGAAAUUCUACAGAUAGAUCUCUAAGAGGUCACAUCAGUGGUUCAACAAGUGGUUAUAGUGGUCCUCCUUUACAAAAUGAUCUUAACGGUAACCCGUCGGCCCCCCGUUUGGAUAAUCAAACAAACACUACUACAAAUUCAUCACUCCCAGAUACAAAUAAACUCGAUAUAAGUAGUGAUUCAAUGGGUAAUGUCUACGCGUCCUCAUUAGAGAAUGAGACGAAGACGUAA